AAAACACUUCAUUUUUCAUAACUAAUAAAUUUGCGAAUUAGUGUAUUAAUAUAUCCACUGAAAAAUGGCCACUGAAGAACAACUUUUAGAAGCAAUUAAGCAAUCAUUAGAAAACGAAGGCCAUAUGCCAAAAUUGCGUGCAGAAAUUCGAUCAAAAAUUAUAAUGAUGUUAAGCGCAGAACCAAAUACCCAAAAUACUCCUUCUAUGUCUGAUGAAGUUCUUUUGAUAAAUGAAUUAAUUCGUGAAUAUUUCAAUUGGAUGGGGUACGAGUAUACCACAAUGACUCUAACAGCAGAAGCAAAAAUGAAUGAUACUCCACCCAGUCACAGUUCUCUUAUAAAAUGGCUUGGAAUAGAUUACGAUACGAAGAAGAAAUCAAAUAAUAAUGAUAUACCAGAAGCUGUUUUAAAAGAUUUACCAUUGCUUUUUGUUUUACUUAUAACUGCCUUGAAAAAUAAUAAACUUGGAAAAUAA